AUUGACAGUACGCAGUUGACGAAGUUUUUGCAAAGAAAAUAAAAAGUUUUAUCAUCUGUAAAAAAUUGAAAAGUGCAAAUAAUAGACAGUGCUACACAUUCAUAUUAAAUUUAACGCAAUUUUAUAAAGUUAAUUGAACUUGUAAACGCAAUAAUUUGUAAAUGCAUUGCUAAACAGUAGCUUAUUCAAUAUUUGACAUUGACUGCUAGAAUUUAGAGCUUACAAACGGCAGUGGCAUAGUACCAGUGGUCGUAUGAUACCAAAAAGCAAAAACAUAUAGAAAGUGGGCGACGUAAGUAGUCUUGAAGGAAAUACCCCCACCAUAAUUGAAUUUCGUACAACAAAGACAACUUAUCUUUUGGACAAGAAAAGAACAGCAAUAAAGAAAUAAAAACAAGGCUUGUAAUCUAACAACUUUUUACAAGCCCUUUUUGUUUCGUGCGCUCUUAUAUUUAAAAUUCGUUGCAUUGCUGGUCAACUAACACUAAACCACAGUGUCUACCUACGAGAGCAUGGAUUUGCAGCAUAUGGAGAAUGGCAUCAGUGGCGGUGGCCAUGGUGCUGUUGCUGGCCAAACUGCUGGCUUCAGUGAAACGGACUUUCAACGACUUGCCCAAACCAUUGCAACAAGCAUACAAAAAAUAUUGCAAAAUGUGUCCACCAUGCAACGUAUGGUCAACCAAUUUAAUACCCCACAGGAUUCCCCCGAUUUGAAGAAACAGCUACAUCAAAUAAUGACCUACACCCAUCAGCUGGUUUCGGAUACAAAUAAUCACUUAAAAGAGGUGGAUAAGUGCAAAGAACGCCAUUUAAAAAUACAACGUGAUCGUUUGGUGGACGAAUUCACUGCUGCUUUAACAGCAUUUCAGGGGGUACAACGUAAGACCGUCGAUAUCGAAAAGAAUGCUGUUCGACAAGCGCGUGCGCACAGCUAUAAUAUUAGUAAACCACCGGGCACGAAUAGCAGCAGUGGCAGCGGCGGUGGCGGUACCAGUGGCAGCAACAAUAGCGGCUCAUUCUUCGAGGAUAAUUUUUUCAAUCGUAAAUCGAAUCAAUCACAACAACAAACACAAAUGCAGGAAGAAAUCGAUUUGCAAGCGCUGGAAGAACAAGAACGACAAAUACGCGAACUGGAGGAAAAUAUUGUGGGUGUAAAUGAGAUUUACAAGAAGCUCGGUGCUAUGGUAUACGAACAGGGUCUAACCGUUGAUUCAAUUGAGUCGUCCGUGGAGCAGACUAGUGUAUUUGUGUCACAGGGUGCCGAUAACCUGCGUAAAGCCAGUUCGUAUAAAAAUAAACUGCGCAAAAAGAAGCUCAUUUUGAUCGGUAUUCUCUCUGUAGUACUUUUCAUCAUCAUUAUGAUACUUGUAUUCGAGUUUAAAAAAUAAUUGCAAAUGUGACGAAAGAAAGUAUUUUUUGCUGGCACUAUGUUUUUGAUUUUGCAUUCUACCAUAAGCUGCUGCAAAGUUGCAAUUAAAGUUUGUUUCGAACUUAUACAUACAUAUAUUUAACAGUUCAGGUGAUAUUUGAAAGCAAGCACUUUCCUUGGAAGUCUAAAUAUAUUAAUAAUAAUCGACGAUAACUUAUUAAAGUAGAUGAAGAAGAAAUCAUAAGUGAUGAAAAGGCGCAUCCAUUGUCAGUUCGCCAAUUUGUACAAAAUAUGUAUAGUAUAUGUAUGUUUUCCAGUUUGAAAUUUCUUGCAUCACUUAAUUUGCCACUUAAACAACAAAAAAAGAAAAAUU